UAAUUUUGACAAACGCUUAACCAAACAAGCGUGUACCGGUUUUAGAACGUUUUUGAACGUAAUUUGUUAUUAAAAAUCCACAAAAAUGGCCACGGCUAUGCCAAUUAACCCCAAACCGUUCCUGAACGGUUUGACGGGCAAAGCUGUGCUGGUGAAACUGAAGUGGGGCCACGAAUACAAAGGAUUCCUCGUCUCCACCGACAGUUACAUGAACCUUCAACUCGCUAACUGUGAGGAACACAUUGACGGACAAUCUUCAGGAAAUUUGGGAGAAGUUCUGAUAAGGUGCAACAAUGUUUUGUUUAUACGAGGAGCUGAAGAAGAGGAUGAAGAGGGUGAAACCAAGGACUAACAGUAGUGAAUAAAGUAGAUUUAAGUUUACCUCAUAAGAUUUCCAAUUUCACAUAUUUAAUGUGUAAUUAAUCUUUAAAUUUUGGAAUUUGCAAAUAAUAUGUGAAUCUGAGAUGUAUGAUUUGAUGUAGGUCAUAAAUUCUAGGAUAAUUUAAGUAUUUAAGUAUCUUCUAAUGUUGUAAAUACUACUUACAAACUUUUAAAUAAUAAACAUUUGAUAAUAUA